GCACUGACAUACACACACAUGUAGCAAGAGGUUAGUUAUCCAGGCCAGUCCAUGUAUAAGUCUUCUCAUGUAAAAAUAUGAAUAUGACCGCGCUUGCUCAAAACUGCGCCACUGGCUGAGACUAUUCUGCCCGUAAUUAAACUAACCAGACACACCACACGUCCCCUCCCUCUUCCCCUUGAACGCCCCGGCCGCGUUCAGUUCCUCGCCUCCGGUGUUUGGUGUCUCAAUGGCGGACCCGACGGAACCAGCGCGGGGGAGCUCGGAGGAGGAGAAGCCGGACCGUAUAAACGACGCAGAGAUGGCUCUGAAAGGGAUCAAUCUGCUUCUCAACAAUGGAUUCAAAGAGAGUGACGAGCUCUUCAGAGCAUACAGGAACUAUAGUCCUUUGAUGAGUUUCGGGGCUAGCUUUGUAAGUUUUCUGAAUGCCAUGAUGACAUUUGAAGAGGAGAAAAUGCAGGUGGCCUUUGAAGACCUCAAAGCUACAGAGAGGCUGUGUGAGAGUGAAAACACUGGUGUCAUUGAAACCAUCAAAAACAAGAUCAAGAGGAGUGUGGACUCUCAGAGGUCAGGGGUGGCUGCAGUGGACCGACUCCAGAGGCAGAUCAUCAUUGCGGACUGCCAGGUUUACCUUGCAGUGCUGUCUUUCAUCAAACAAGAGCUGUCAGCAUAUAUCAAAGGAGGCUGGAUCCUCCGUAAAGCCUGGAAAAUGUACAACAAGUGUUACAGCGACAUCACACAGCUGCAGGAAGGGAGCAGAAGGAGGGCAUCAGAACAACAAACGAUGCCUUCCCCAGCUCUGUCAUCCUCUUCUGACCCAUCGAACCUCAGCCGCUCCUCUUCACCGGGGCCGAGCCCAUCUCACAGACUGGACAGUAUCAGCCCUGAGGUGCUGGAUCGGCUAAAAGGUUCAGUCAGCUUUGGUUAUGGCCUCUUUCACCUCUGCAUCUCGAUGGUGCCGCCGCACCUACUGAAGAUUGUCAACCUGCUGGGUUUCCCCGGUGACCGUCUUCAAGGCUUGUCAGCACUCACAUAUGCCAGCGAAAGUAAGGACAUGAAGGCCCCCUUAGCUACCUUGUCCCUCUUGUGGUACCACACGGUGGUGCAGCCCUUCUUUGCUCUGGAUGGUACAGACACACAGGCAGGCCUACUGGAGGCCAAAUCCAUUCUUCAACAAAGGGAGGCCAUUUAUCCAAACUCCUCUCUCUUCACGUUCUUCAAAGGCAGAGUCCAACGCCUUGAGUGCCAGAUCAGUAGUGCCUUGACGUCCUUCAGUGAUGCCUUAGAUCUGGCUUCUGACCAGAGGGAGAUUCAACACGUGUGUUUAUAUGAAAUAGGUUGGUGCAGCAUGAUUGAACUGAACUACAGAGAAGCCUACAAGGCGUUUGAGCGACUGAAGACUGAGUCUCGCUGGUCCCAGUGCUACUACGCCUAUUUAACUGGAGUGUGCCAAGGAGCCACAGGUGAUCUGGAGGGAGCUGUCACAGUUUUCAAGGAUGUUCAAAGACUAUUCAAACGCAAGAAUAAUCAGAUAGAGUUGUUCUCCAUGAAGAGGGCAGAGAAGCUAAGGAGCACCAGUCUAUCCAAAGAACUGUGUAUCCUAGCAGUGAUCGAGAUUCUUUAUUUGUGGAAAGCUCUGGCCAACUGCUCGACUGCCAAGCUGCAGACAAUGACACAAGUGCUGCAGAGGAUUGAGGAUGCCUCGAGCACAGGCCUGAAAAACCUGCUUCUUGGUGCUAUAAGCAAAUGUCUUCAUAAUACCAAAGAUGCCAUUCAGUAUUUCCAUCUGGCUGCACGGGAUGAAGUGGGGCGUCUGAGCAACUCUUAUGUGCAGCCUUACUCCUGCUAUGAACUGGGCUGUGUGCUACUGAACAUCCCCGAGUCUGCAGCAAAGGGCAGAAUGCUGAUGCUUCAGGCCAAGGAGGACUACGGUGGCUACGACUUUGAGAACAGGCUCCAUGUUCGUAUUCAUUCAGCGCUCGCCUCUGUGACAACUGCUGCCCAACCAUGACCGAGUUUUACCUUCAUCUCAGAAAGAACUGGAAGAAAACAGUCUUUGAAAAGCCACAAUGCCAUUCUGAGCACUUAAGUUUCAAUGUUUUACUUGUUUAAAUGUAUUUAUUUCUAUUUUCUGAGCCAAUGCAUCAUACAUCAACAUAAAAUGUUUGCAAUAUAUUCAAUAGUAUUUUAUGGAAGAAGAGUUGUGAGACACAUUUAGCUGAUCUUUUACUGGACUGCACAAUAAAUUCAUAAAUGUUUUUUUAUUGUUUACAUGGUUCAUUUCUAGACUAGAUGCCAGUUAAAUCAAACAGAAGUCUAAAAAUGUAUUUGAAAGGCAUCACUCUACACAGGGACAAGUUUUCCUCUGAUCUGGAGAAAUGUUAGGUCAGGUAGAGUAAUGGCACAAAGUAUUGAAGUAACAAAGCAAUUAAAAUGAAUGACUCAGCCUAUGACUUUG